UAUCCUGCACUUUCCCAGUGCGAACCCGGAAGUGAAUCCUUCUUCCUCUCGCGUGUUGUCGCCGCUGCCGCCGGCGCUUCUUAGCCGCAGCAAUGAAACCUAUCCUGCUUCAGGGUCAUGAGAGAUCAAUUACUCAGAUCAAAUAUAACAGGGAAGGUGACCUGUUGUUUACAGUGGCCAAAGAUCCGAUUGUCAAUGUUUGGUACUCUGUCAAUGGUGAGAGGCUUGGGACGUAUAACGGACAUACUGGAGCUGUCUGGUGUGUUGACGCUGACUGGGACACGAGGCACGUGCUGACUGGUUCUGCAGACAACAGCUGUCGUCUCUGGGACUGUGAAACAGGCAAGCAGCUGGCCCUUGUCCAAACCAACUCCGCCGUCCGAACCUGUGGCUUUGACUUUGGAGGGAAUAUCAUCAUGUUUUCCACAGACAAACAAAUGGGCUACCAGUGUUUCGUCAGCUUCUUUGACCUGCGGGACUCCAGCCAGAUCGAGAACAACGAGCCGUAUAUGAAGAUACCAUGCAGUGAAACCAAAAUCACCAGCGCUGUGUGGGGGCCUCUUGGGGAAUUCAUCAUCGUGGGGCAUGAAAAUGGAGAACUAAACCAAUUCAGUGCAAAGUCAGGGGAGAUCCUUGUGAAUGUCAAGGAGCACACCAAACAGAUCAAUGACAUCCAGACUUCCCGGGACAUGACCAUGUUCAUCACAGCUUCGAAGGACAACACGGCCAAGCUUUUUGACUCCACGACGCUUGAUCACCUGAAGACCUUCCGGACCGAGCGGCCAGUGAACUCAGCCGCACUCUCCCCCAUCUUUGAUCAUGUGGUGUUAGGUGGUGGUCAGGAAGCCAUGGAUGUGACCACUACUUCCACAAGGAUUGGCAAAUUUGAGGCCAGGUUCUUCCAUUUGGGCGUUGAGGAAGAAUUUGGAAGGGUCAAAGGCCACUUUGGACCCAUUAACAGUGUUGCUUUCCAUCCUGAUGGAAAGAGCUACAGCAGCGGGGGAGAGGAUGGCUACGUCCGCAUCCAUUACUUUGAUCCCCAGUACUUCGAGUUUGAGUUCGAAGCUUGAACCAGCUCCUUCCUUCUCCUCCCCUUUCUACAGUUGCCUUUCUGGUCUCCUUAAUCUCAGUGGAGCUUGAAGUUGUGCUCAUUCCUGAGAGAGGCAUGGUGGAGCCACCUGAGAUGUGAGGCAGAGCGUGCACACACAGCUGCUGCUUAUGGUCUGGCCAAACUCCCUGCCUAUUGUUGGGAAACCCAGCUUUGCUUUCUCUUUGGCCAUAUUUAAGGAAGUAAUAAACACUUUUUCUCCAACCAGAA